CUUCUCCUUCUCCUCCUCCUCCUCCUCCUCCUCUCCUCCUCCUCGUCCUCCUCCUCCUCCUCCUCCUCCUCCUCUUCCUGAACUGUGCGCACGCACCGAUCUUGCCCAGACCCAUUCUGGGCCCAGUAUCGGUGCAUGUGCCCUCCUGGCCAAUGCAGGAGGGCGUAUGCACCUAUCCUGGGCUCAGGGUGGGCCUGGCCAGGAUCGGUGUAUGUGCAUCGUUUUUUGUCCUCUGGUGACCCAAACUGGGCCUCCCAAGUGGGCGACGUAGACGAACGGGGUCCGACUGUGUGAUUGUCCGUCCGUGCAAACGUGCGCAUGCUGGUGAUGGUGUGGUGUUACAGUGGACGAGGAUCGCUUGCCGUCUGGUGCUCGGUGGCGUUUCGGGAACCUCUCAGUCACCAUGUGGUCAUCGCAGGCUGUCGCGGCGCUCGUGCGCGUAUGUCGAUGUGCUGAAUCCUCGCAGAGUCGACGGGCUCUGAGCUCUGCAUGAACGGCGGUGUGCUCGGCUGCUCCAGGCGUGCGUGCAGCCGUCGCCCCAGGCCAUGGGUGUGCCGGCGCUGCUCAUAACCCCCAGGGCCCCCCCCUUCCCCCCCCCGCGCGGGGGUAACGAGCGCUACCCCCCUGAGAUCCGGCGCUGCGACAACAUGCGGGACCGCGAGAAGUCACGCCUGGACCCUACCUUUCUGGUGAGUUUAUCGAGGCAGAUCGAUCUGUGGUGGUCCCAGGGCCCGAGCACUGGGCGAAAGCGCCUGGCGCGGAAGCACCUGCAGCGCCUGGGUCUCCCGGCCCCUGGAAGUAAAAGAACAGUCUCCAUGGCGGUCGCGUUCGCGAUGAAGAGGAAGAAGGAGCUGAUGCGCGCGUGGGACGACGACGGCGCCAUGAUCGUGGUGCUCGAGGUGGCCGACGCCAAGGGCCUCGCUCAGCUCCGGGCCGCUGCCAAGAAGCACGGCCUCGCCACCCAGGUGGUCGAGGACGAGGGCCGCACCGAGGCCCGGGGCCUGCAGCCAAAUCUUGGCCAUCGGGCCGCACGACUCCGCCCGCGUCGACGCGGUCACUGGCAGCCUUGCCCUCUACGGCGGGCCGCGGGCCAGCAGCGAGCGACCGGCGGCCGCGGAGGAGGGCGAGCUGAGCCGCUUGCGGGCCGAGCUGGCCGAGGCUUGACCAUGAGGACAACCCUGGAGGCCCCGCGCGGCACGCCAUGGCUGUAUCAUCCGGUCCACGCGUCCGCCCCGUCGGGACAUCAGGGACGGCGUGCUCGCGCGGCGAGGCUCUGACGCAGGCCUGACGAGCAUACGGUGCAGAAGGCGACGAGCCCGACGUGAGACCGACUUGGAUCCGAC